AUGGCACAACUUUCAUCACAAGGUAAUAAUGCUAUUAUAUAUCUAAGUUAUGCUUUCAUGUUAGCCACUGGGUUAUUUUUAGCUUGGAAAUAUGCAACUAAAACUGAUUUUCUUUCUUCAAAUGGUACUCAAAGAGGUUUACCAUUAGCUUUAAAUUUUAUUGCUUCAGCUAUGGGAGUUGGUAUAAUUUCAACAUAUGCUCAAAUUGCAAAUUUAUCUGGAUUACAUGGAUUAUUAGUAUAUACAUUAUGUGGAGCUAUUCCUAUAUUAGGGUUUGCAGUACUUGGACCUAUAAUCAGAAAGAAAUGUCCACAAGGUUUUAUUUUAACUGAAUGGGUAAGACAUAGAUUUGGAAUAGUUACUGCUUUAUAUUUAUCAUUUUUUACAUGUUUAACUAUGUUUUUGUUUAUGGUUGGUGAAUUAUCAGCUAUAAGAGGUGCAAUUGAAACAUUAACUGGAUUAAAUGCAUUAGGAGCAGUUAUAGUUGAAUGUGGUGUUACUACAAUAUAUACUUUUUUCGGUGGGUUUAGAAUUAGUUUUAUUACUGAUAAUUUUCAAGGUGUUUGUGUAUUACUUUUAUUGAUUAUAUGUGCUUGUGGAAUGGGUUCAUAUAUUGAAAUUGAUCCAUCAAAAGUCGGUCCAUCUGGUUUAUUAAAAGCUAAUAAAUUAGGUUGGCAAUUAGUUUAUAUAUUAUUUGUUGCUAUAGUUACUAAUGAUUGUUUUAUGUCUGGAUUUUGGUUAAGAACAUUUGCAAGUAAAACAGAUAAAGAUUUAUGGAUUGGUUGUUCAAUUGCUGCUUUUGUUACUUUUGUUAUUUGUACUUUAAUUGGUACUACUGGAUUUUUAGCAGUUUGGUCAGGAGAUUUAACCGUUGGUGAUGCUGAUGGAUAUAAUGCAUUUUUUAUAUUAUUAGCUAAAAUGCCAAGAUGGUUAGUUGCUUUUGUUUUAAUUUUUUGUAUUGUUUUAUCAACAUGUACUUUUGAUUCAUUACAAUCAGCAAUGGUAUCAACUAUAUCAAAUGAUUUAUUUAGAAAUAAAUUACAUGUAAAUUAUACUAGAGGCUUGGUAAUUUUAGUAAUGAUUCCAAUUGUUGUUUUAGCAGUUAAAGUUGCUGAUAAUAUUUUACAAAUUUAUUUAAUUGCUGAUUUAGUAAGUGCAGCAGUUAUACCAGCUGUGUUUUUAGGUUUAAGUACUAGAUUUUUUUGGUAUUUAAGAGGAUUUGACGUUAUGUGUGGUGGAUUAGGUGCAUUAAUUGGUGUAUUUAUAUUUGGUACUGUUUAUUAUGGAAGUGCUAGAGAAGGUGGUAAAUUAUUACUAGUUUGGAAUGGAAUUUAUGAUUCUGAAGAUUGGGGAGCUUUUGGUGCUUUUGUAAUUACUCCAGUAGGUGGUAUUAUUAUAACUUUAUUUGCCGCUGGUGUUAGGAUUUUAGCUACUUAUGCUUAUUGUAAAGUUAAUGGUAAACCUUUUACUGCUUUAGAUAAACCUGAACAUGAUGAAUUCACAGAUAUUAUUGAAGAUCAAACUAUAUAUCCCAGUGAAGAUGAUAAGAAAAGUACAUAA